CUCACUCGGUUCCGUCUUUAUCGCAGUCUUUCUUAACUAAAAGCUUUAGGGUUUCUCCUCUCAUAUAUUAUUCAAAACCAUGUCUCUGCGUCCAAGCGCCAAGACCGAUGUUCGUCGGAGUCGCUACAAGGUCGCCGUCGAUGCUGAUGAGGGUCGUCGAAGGAGGGAAGAUAACUUGGUUGAGAUCCGGAAGAGUAAACGAGAGGAGAAUUUGCUUAAGAAACGUCGUGAAGGAAAUCAACCGCAGCAAUUUCAACCCACUGUUACCCCUUCUCAGCUUGACAAAAAGUUAGAGAGUCUUCCAGCUAUGGUUACUGCUGUGUGGUCUGAAGAUAGAAACUUGCAGCUUGAAGCUACAUCUCAGUUCAGGAAGCUGCUUUCAAUAGAGCGGAAUCCUCCUAUUGAAGAAGUCGUAAAAUCUGGGGUUAUUCCACGCCUUGUGCAGUUUCUUGCUCGUGAUGAUUAUUCACAACUUCAGUUUGAGGCAGCUUGGGCUCUUACCAAUAUUGCAUCUGGAACAUCAGAUGACACUAAGAUUGUGAUUGAUCAUGGUGCUGUUCCGGUUUUUGUGAGACUUCUUAGCUCACCUAGUGACGACGUUAGGGAACAGGCUGUUUGGGCAUUGGGGAACAUUGCUGGUGAUUCACCAAAGUGUCGUGAUCUUGUCCUUGGUUAUGGUGCCUUGAUCUCAUUGCUGGCACAAUUUAAUGAGCAUGCUAAGCUCUCUAUGUUGAGAAAUGCCACAUGGACAUUGUCAAACUUCUGUAGGGGCAAGCCUCAGCCCCACUUUGAACAGACAAUGCCUGCCCUGCCUGCCCUUGCACGUCUUAUCCAUUCAAAUGAUGAUGAAGUACUUACCGAUGCCUGCUGGGCUUUAUCAUAUCUGUCUGACGGUACAAAUGACAAAAUACAAGCUGUCAUUGAUGCUAAUGUCUGCCCUCGACUUGUUGAACUUUUGACCCAUCCUUCACCAUCAGUUCUGAUUCCUUCCCUUCGUACAAUUGGUAACAUCGUUACUGGCGAUGAUGUUCAAACUCAGGUAAUUAUUGAGCAUCGGGCACUUCCUUGCCUUCUUAACCUUUUGACACAGAAUUACAAGAAAAGUAUCAAGAAAGAAGCUUGCUGGACCAUUUCAAAUAUAACAGCGGGUAACAAGGAACAGAUACAGGAUGUUAUUGCGGCUGGUAUCUUUGCUCCAUUGAUCCAACUGAUUCAGACUGCGGAGUUUGAGGUCAAGAAGGAAGCUGCCUGGGCACUUUCAAAUGCUACAUCCGGUGGUACUCAUGAGCAAAUCAAGUUUUUGGUGAGCCAGGGAUGUAUAAAACCACUGUGUGAUCUAUUGGUUUGUCCUGAUCCAAGAAUUGUAACUGUUUGCUUGGAAGGAUUGGAGAACAUUCUUAAAGUCGGUGAUGCUGAGAAAAACUUGGGUAAUACAGGUGAUGUGAAUUAUUAUGCCCAGCUGAUUGAUGAAGCUGAGGGACUGGAAAAGAUUGAGAAUCUUCAGAGUCACGACAAUACUGAAAUAUACGAAAAAGCAGUGAAGAUUCUUGAGACAUUCUGGAUAGAGGAUGAGGAUGAACAACUUCCAUCUGUUGAUGCUUCACAAUCUGAUUUCAACUUUGGAGGGAAUGAGCUUCCUGUUCCAUCUGGUGGCUUCAAUUUCACUUGAAGGAUAUUGAGUCUGCUAGGGAUUUGUUCAUUUGGUGGGCGUUGGUCAUCGUUUUGUGUGACCUUUCUGGACACCAACAGCUCCUGGUUAAAUAGAUGCUGCUGGUGUAUAGUUUUUUUCCAAUACAGCAAACAUUAAUACGUAUCUUGUGUCGUGGUGCUACUCAUCAGGUUAAGAGUCGAGGUUCGGCAGAAGUCUACUUUAUUUUUAAAAUUUAUUAUUUCUCAGUGUCCACAUUAUGUAUCACGCUUUCUUAUUACUAUGCAAUAUAUUUUUGUUUUGGUGUCCUUAUUGAUGGAUCGAUCAUGUUUGUUAUAAGAGUUGGCAAAUAAAAAUGAAUAUUAUUUGCUUUACUUUGUUUUUUUCUAU